AAAGAGAGACAAAGGGAUCGCCAUGACUCCCAAGUUCUCCCCUUUGUCUUAACAUCGUUGCGCAUAGCAGCACAGUAUACCUUGCAUUGAACCCAACUUGCAACACUUGCAACUUCUGUACCGCGCCAUCCAGCUACCCUGAUGGACUCGUUAUCAACAUAUUUGGAAAUAUUUUUGCAGUCACCACCGGACUUGCAUGAGUCCACAGACGACACAUCCUGCCCUAUUGACGAGGAACAUUAUACGAGGCUUGACAUACUAUCAUUGUUGGCACUGCUGGCCUUCUACUGCCUUUUGUGCGCUCGCUGCUCGUACGGUGUUGUCUAUUCAUCGAUCUUCUUGUACCAUCCUUUACUUCACCACUUCGUUCAUCUUGCCGUCUGCAUUUUUGGGGAUGUGUGGUGGCUCCUAUGUAAACUCCCGUCUUUCCACAGCCUCUGUUUGGUACGCGAUGGACUCAUCACUCAUUUUCGACAUUCGUGCACCCCAGCUACUUUUUGUCUUGAACUCUCGUUUUUCUCAAGAUUGUUCUAUCUAUCAUCAUUUCUUACUUGCAUCGUCGCUAUCGUUAUCGCUUUCGCAUUUUUAGCGAAUGACUCAUGUUCUGCCCUGUUCCUUUGGUUUCGCGCAUGUUUGACUAUGUUUCUAUGCCGUAUGCUACUCA